ACUGUUUCUUGUUCAUACUGCACAUCCUUGUCUCAUCAGCAGAAGAUACAACCACAUUUUGAUUCAUAGUUUUCCUUUUUUAAAAUUUCUUCACAACUUUUGGGUUUUUGGUAGCCUUCAGCUUAGCUCCAUGGACUAACCUCGCUAUCCUUGAACAAGCAUCCACAGUGCCUUAUCUGUGUCGACAUUAGACAACAUCUCACAUGGCAGUUUUUCAGACCACUGCAUGGAGGUUGAUCUCUGGGGUCUUAGGAAUAAUAUGCCUUUUGUUGAUGGCUGCUUUGGGAGUUCUGUUAAACAAUUCACUUACUAAACAAAGUGUUCAGCCUGGACCCUCCACAGAUCUUCAGGAAGGAUCUGGCUGCUAUUCUUGCCAAGAAAAGUGGAUUGGCUACCAAUGCAACUGUUAUUUCGUUUCUCAUGAUUUAAAAACAUGGAAAGACAGUUGGGAUUUUUGUGUUUCUCAUAAUUCCAGUCUACUUCAGAUACAAACCAGAAAUGAACUGGAUUUUAUGAAGUUCAGUACCAGUUUUUACUGGAUUGGGCUUUCUUCCGGUAAAGAACAUGAUGCCUGGUUGUGGGAAAACAAAUCUACUCUCUCCCAAGAUCUAUUUCCUUUCCCUAAAUCUGUAAAUCCAAAGAACUGCAUGAUGUAUAGGCCAGGAGGAAAGAUUUUGGAUGGACACUGUGGAAAGAAGUUUCGUUAUAUCUGUAAACAACAGCUUAUUUAGAUGUUUCUUGGGGCAGAAGUGUUGUGCAAUGGAGAUUCAGUAUUACUUAGAAUGGUUACAAAUUGUAUUACUUACCUCUGGGAUCUUUAAAAUGUUCCAAAUUGUGUUUUAUCAAUCAUAUAAUUUUCAUGUAUUUGAAAAUAUAUAUUUAAAUUUUUUAUCUCUAUGCAAUUGGUAUAUAACAUUAUGUUAGUUUUAGGUAUACAACAUAACUAAGAUAGUAUGCCUAAUUCAUCAACAUAUAUAGUUACAAUUUUAAAAUUUUGCCAUGUGUUUUAAAAUUGAUGAAACUUGUGUACCUACACCUGAAAUUAUAGAGUCAAGAUAAAUAAUUUAAUGAAUGUUCAAUGUAUAUGGUAUGGAUUCAACAAUUUAUGCAUCUAUUUUUGGAACUUCUCUCUGCUGAAAUUUAAAUAAAACUUAAUUCAGGCCAAACAAUAUAUAUUAACAUCAUAUUAGUUCUUUGUAUGGUGUGCUAAAUUGAAAAGUCCCAUCCUCAUCUUUUUUCCCCUGAAAGUAAAAAUAAUUUUAGUGUUGGUUUUAAGUUUUUGGUGGGUAUCUAUUCAUCUAUAUGUUCUUAUUUAGACCUGAAAGUGGCAUAUAAUAAUUUCUUCAUAUGUGUCAUAAGGGUUAAGUAACACAUUUGUGUGUCUUCUCCUGAUGUUAACAAGUACUGCAGAGCAAUUGGAAAGUUAUACCCAAGUAUGUGAUCUUACAAGAUUGCCUUCACAUUUUCCCAGGGGAAGGGGAACUUGAGCUCUGAUCACAUGAAUAUACAGUCUUUUUUUUGUUGUUGUUUUUUCAAGUAUCUUUCUUGCCUUAUGCUUAUCUGACAGUAAAAAAAGCCAUUCUUACAUGUGCAUUUAAGAUUUCAAUUUCUAAUCAGUCCCCCAAAUCUUUUCCUAAAUGGCAUGUGAUAAAAUAUUGGACAUUUAGUAUUUACGAGGACAGGGAGCAGGCUUUUUUAAUGAGGGGUUUCUGAGUGGAUCAGUGAAGGGAAGGGCACACAAUGAGUUGU